AUUGUGUGACAUUUCAUUAAAGCGUUGCAAAUAUUAUGAAUUGAAAACCUGCAUCAUUUCCUCUCUUACGCUAAAACCCUUCCUUCAAAAUUUAUCUGGUGACACUUUUCUUGAGAGAAUUGGUGAAUUGAAUAACCUUUUUUGUUGGUCCCCACAAGGAUGUCAGAACCACCAUUUAGACCACGAGAGAAAAUUAUUGAGAAGCAAAAGUAUUUCCAGAGUGUUCAUAAGCACACGUAUUUGAAAGGGCCAUAUGACAAGAUUACUUCUGUUGCAAUACCACUUGCAUUAGCAGCAUCUUCAUUGUAUCUGAUUGGAAGAGGGAUCUACAACAUGUCACAUGGAAUAGGGAAGAAAGAAUGACUUACACUUUGUGUUUGAUUUCUGUGCUUAUAUGUUUUGUGCCUUUGUAAAUUUCUGUAAUUUUCAGACUUUGAUCAGCAAAGGAAGUUCAAAACUUGGAAUGAAUAGUGUUCUCUAUUUGGUUGA